UUCCUUUUUCAAACAAAUGGCUUGGAAAUAUUGCUGUAUUUUUGCUCUCAGGCUAGUGGCCUAAUCCUCAGGGGUAUGGAAACGAGCUCAGGCUUUCUGGAGAAACUAGUGUGGGCUUAAUGCCCCCACCGUCCCUUCCCUGGCAUUCGUAGCCGCUCAGUUGUCCCCGCAGGUCCCAAGAGGCGCAGUGGGAGCGAGCCCCCGUGUCCUGCCCCGGCGUGGCUUUGCUGCGGCAGGCGAGCUGAGGUCACUCGUACCCAGCCCAACGCCCUCGGUGGAGCACGGCCCCCGCCGCCGCGCUCGCGCCACAGGAGCUGAGAGGCAGAAGCGCCGCGUCCCCACCAGAGAAGGAGCGAGGCCGUUCCCUGGGCAUCGUCGCAGCAUCAUGACUCUCCAGGCUGACUUUGAUGGUGCUGCAGAAGAUGUAAAAAAAUUAAAAACAAGACCAACUGAUGAAGAACUGAAGGAACUAUAUGGAUUCUACAAACAGGCUACUGUUGGAGAUAUUAAUAUUGAAUGUCCAGGAAUGCUAGAUUUGAAAGGCAAAGCCAAAUGGGAGGCAUGGAACCUGAAAAAAGGUUUAUCAAAGGAGGAUGCCAUGAAUGCCUAUAUCUCUAAAGCAAAAGCAAUGGUAGAAAAAUACGGGAUCUAGAAUACUCAGAAUAAUUCCCACUAAUAACUAACUCUUCAGUAGCUAAUGAACUAAGUCUGUUGAGAAAAAUGCAAUACUAACUCCUUAUUGUGUAGUCUGACAGUAAAAUCUUUUAAGCAUAAGCUGUUUGACUGUAAAGGGUAUUUACAUACAUACUCUAUUUUUAGAUUGUAUCUUAUUCUGAAUAAAUUUGAACUUA